AUGGAGGGUCAGGAGCUCCUGCGCACAUGGGCAGAAACAGACACGCCUACAGGAUUCCAAAAUCCCACUGAACGUAUAGUGACCGUUCCAGUUCCCGUUUCCAGCAAUGCCUGGAGUUUCACACAAGGUCUAAUAUGUGGACAAGUGAGUGUGGUGCUAGUGAUUUUGGUUUUCAUCAAGUUCUUCGUGUUUGCCGAUGGCCUGCCGCAACUGGCGACGCUGAAAUCAACCAAAAGAGACGUGGCUGCUGUGGUUGUGAAGAGAGACAAGCAGAACGACGAAGAUGAAGACGAUAGUGCCAAAUUGGCUACGAUUCUUGAAAAAACAUACUACGACGUGGAGACCCACGCGCCCGAGUCACUCGACUGGUUCAAUGUGCUUGUGGCGCAGACAAUCGCUCAAUUGAGAACGGAAGCGUUGCUUUCGGAUAACAUAUACCACCUGCUCAAUGCCUUCCUUGAGAAGCUGGAUACGCCAGACUACUUAGACAGGAUCCGGCUACUGGAGAUUGACAUUGGUGACGAUUUCCCUAUAUUCUCGAACUGCCGUAUCAAACACAGCGGAGACGACUUUGGGCGCCUUGAAGCCCGUAUUGAUGUGGAUCUCUCAGAUACACUCACCCUAGGUAUAGACACCAGGCUCUUGUUGAACCACCCAAGGGCCCUCACGGCAGCCUUGCCAGUGCAACUAUCCGUCUCCAUUGUCCGUUUUUCCGGUUGUCUUACGGUAUCUUUAGUGAACACCAACGAAACGGGCUUUGUUGGUGGUUCUAAGGACAAGGAGUCUGGCGGCACGGCGCUCAUGUUCUCGUUUUCCCCAGACUACAGACUCGAGUUUUCCGUCAAGUCUCUUAUAGGCUCCAGAGCCAAACUACAAGAUGUGCCCAAGAUCUCCGAUCUCAUAGAGAGCAAGUUGCGUUCGUGGUUUAAAGACCGGUGCGUGGAGCCCCGGUUCCAGGUGAUCAAGUUGCCCUCUAUGUGGCCCCGGAGCAAAAACACCCGUGAGCCUGCCCCGGCCCGGGAGGAAUGA